AUGAAUGGCUACAACGCAAGUCCUGAUCUACCUCCGCCUCUUUAUGUCCGUGCCUUGUACGACUACGAUGCCGAUGACCAGACCAGUCUGAGUUUCCGUCAGGGCGAUAUUAUUCAAGUUUUGACACAACUCGAGAGUGGCUGGUGGGACGGCGUCAUCAAUGAUGUCCGUGGAUGGUUCCCCAGCAAUUAUUGUACCGAACUGUCACCCGAAGAGUUGACUUCAGGCCUGCCACGACACGAAGAAAGCGAACAGAGUGAGCAGAGCGCCGAGUCUGGUACCGAGGAAGAGUACGAGGAGGAAGCAGACUCCGAGCAUGACAACGGUGACGAUUCGGACCUGCCCAUCGAGGGAGGUAGCGAUUUGAACCAGGAAGAGGCCGCAUUUUGGGUCCCUCAGGCAACUCCUGAUGGCCGCUUGUUCUAUUUCAAUACCCUCACAGGCGUCAGCACCAUGGAGCUGCCUCUGGAGACACCCAGCGGGCCAGACGAAACCGGUCCCCGAGAUCGCAACAAUUUCUAUGUACCAGAUCAGUCCAGGCCACCUCCAGAACUGAUGGCCGGUGGGUACGAAAAGAGAGAUGACGACUCUGCAUCAGAUGCAGAUGGAGAACAUUCGUUCUUGAGGACCGGCAGGAACGCCUCCAACUCGGUCUCUACAACGACCUCAACGGCUUCCACAAGAGUCGACUCCACUGCAGCGAGAAGGGCGCACAAUCGGGCUGCUUAUGCCAAAAAUUCGAUUGGAUCCCUGUCAACAGCUGCUUCCGGCCCUCGCGGAGGUAGUAUCAGUAAGCCAGUCGUGCCAAAGUAUUUUUCCGACGAUGGCAUGGGCCCAGUGGUCACCUGGGAUACCCUGGUCGAGAACAUGCAGUCUUCAGUCGAGGCAUACCGACAAGCAAUCCAAGACCGCGAGCGUGCCGAGUUUGUCAGGCGCGCCGAGGAUAUCUCUGACCAUCUUCGCGUGUUGCUUGCGGCUGGGUCUGGAACCACCGACAACCAUUCGGGCAAUCCGUCCAUCAUCUCCACGAACAAGGCUUUGUACCCGCACUUCCGCGAGAUGAUGUCCAAGUUUUCGAAGCUAGUUCUGUCGUCUCAUAUGGCUGCGGCGGACUGGUUUGGGCAGGACAAUUUCGCAAAAUGCCUGCAGGAAGCUGACGGCGUUCUAAGAGGCGUCUAUGGCUACGUCGAUGUCGCGAGACAGCAAUGUGGCGAAGACCUGCCACGUUUGCAACCCGGCUUCGUUUCAGGCAGUAACUCUGGCGGCAACUGGAGGGACAAUAACAUCAAUCUGCAACCUAGUGUACAGGGGACUUCCUUCAUCGAUGAAAGCAAUGACUUGUACCCGCGCCCGUCAAAUACGCUAGACGCACAUCUGCUCAGGCAGCUUGAAGAGAACCGGCGGCAUAUUGGAGCAUCUGUCAGGCGCUUGGAGGAACACCUCCAGUGCACUGACAAGGUCAUUAGUCCUGCACGUCAAGCAAUGAUUGGUGACAAGAUCUGUCUGGCUGCUGGGAAUGUCAUUCAGAAUUUCCAGCACUGGAUUGGCCUUGUUGAGUCGAUCGAUCUGUCACCGCUCGGGAGCGCCUUCCAGAAACCCUCGCUGACAGAUUUUGGCACACAGAAGCAGAAGGUGUACGACUCGAUCGGCGAGCUCGUUGUGGCCUGCCAAGCGGUGACAGCACCGCUACCGGAUGAGUGGUCCGACAUUCGGGGAGACACCUUCGACUCUCGGCUGAACAACGUCCGUACCAUCCACAAGCAGCUCGAGACGCAUGUGUCGAACGUCGGCCAUGCUUUGCAGCUGUUGCUACCAGCUAACGCGGGCACGGCAGCCGCUACCAAGAAAGACCAUCGUCUGACCGAUGGUGGCGAGACCUACCAGAACCAUCAUUUGCGUGCUGAGCCUAGCCAUGCCGUCAAUAACCGUCCUGGUAUUGGCGACAUUGGUCAGUCGCAUUCAUACACCAUGGGCCAAGACAUGGCCGACAGUACGGUUCGCCGACCUGCCAAUAAGGACAAGGCUGCGCGCUUCUUUGGUCAGGUACCGACCCCGUUGAUGAAUCAGCAAAGCCCACCAGAGAUCCAGUCUCCUCAAGAAGAAACUCCGUGGUUCUUGCAGCUUGAGCACCUUGGUGAGAUUACUCAUGAUAUCAAGUCUGACUCUCACAUCGUCAAAGCGGGCACUCUCGCAGGACUGAUUGAGCAGCUGACUCGUCAUGACCGGCCCGACACCACGUUUAACACCACGUUUUUGUUGACCUACCGUUCUUUUACCACUGCGGCUGAACUAUUCGAGCUCCUCGUUCAGCGAUUCAACAUUCAACCCCCGCAAGGACUUACACGUGAUGAGUACACCAUGUGGGAGGACCAGAAGCAAAAGCCGACACGCUUUAGGGUCGUGAAUAUUCUCAAGACUUGGCUCGAGCAAUACUGGAUGGAAAACAAUGAUGAGGAGUCUAAAGCGCUCCUCGAGCGGGCUUCAGCAUUCACCACCACGACUAUCGCUGGCGCAAAGAUCCCAGGCGCCACGCAAAUCGCAACAAUCAUUGACCAACGCAUCAAGGGCCAGGAUACCUCGGCCAAACGUCUCGUGCUGACGCUGAACAAUUCCGCUCCUCCUCCGAUUCUUCCUAAGAACAUGAAGAAACUCAAAUUUCUGGACGUGGACCCUCUGGAAUUUGCAAGACAGCUUACGAUUCUUGAAUCCAAGCUGUAUGGAAAGAUCAAGCCCGUCGAGUGUUUGGACAAGACGUGGACAAGAAAAGGGCCUAUCAAUGGAGCCGACCCUGCGCCGAAUGUCAAGGCUCUCAUUCUGCAUUCCAAUCAGUUGACGAAUUGGGUCGCGGAGAUGAUCCUGCAUCAUCCUGAGGUGAAGAAGAGGGUGAUGGUCAUCAAGCAUUUCGUGGCCAUUGCAGACAAAUGCCGAUCACUGAACAACUUCUCGUCCAUGACGUCUAUCACUUCGGCAUUGGGAACGUCACCUAUCCUGCGACUGGCUCGCACCUGGGCGCAGGUCAACCCCAAGACAAACAAUAUGCUUGAUUCUCUUCGCAAUCUGAUCAGCACCACCAAGAAUUUUGCUCAAUAUCGCGAGGCGCUGCAUAUUGCCAACCCGCCCUGCAUUCCAUUCAUGGGUGUUUAUCUCACCGAUCUUGUCUUCAUUGAAGAUGGUAUUGCCUCGAUUGUCAAGAAUUCGGAACUGAUUAAUUUCGCCAAACGCACAAAGACCGCUGAAGUCAUUCGUGAGAUCCAGCAGUACCAAAAUGUGCCGUAUGCUUUAAAUCCAGUGCACGAGCUACAAACCUGGAUUCUCGGCCAGAUGGGCGCGGCUGGCGACGUCAGCGAGAUGUACGAGCGCUCCCUUGAGGUUGAACCUCGAGAGCGAGAGGAAGAGAAGAUCGCGAGGUUGCUGUCCGAAUCUGGCUUCCUGUGA